AUGAAUAGAGUAACUCUCUUCUUUGUUUUCUUAGUAAUUCCCCUGGCCAAUUUCACAACUGUUGAAGAUUCAUCCAAGUCGAACAGAAGUAUUGUUUUCGAUGACGUAGAAAAAUCUGGCCGUAUUUUAAACGAUGUUUACAAUAUAUUUAAUUAUCUUUCGAGUAACGUUGCUCGAUUGUUGCUUCCCAUCAUGUUGAAAAUUACUCAAGAAGUAAACGUGUCUCGCUCGUGUGUAAGAGGUGGGAUGCGUUUUUUGGGCGAUUUAAAACAAAACAAAGGAUGGACGUUAAAAUUGAUGGACACUUUAGGGAAACCAAUGGGAGUUUUCAGUGGAAACGUGUGGUUACACGGAGAUUACGAUCAAUGCUUAAAUAUAGAAGUUAAAGACGAUAAAAUAAGAAAUUAUAAUAAAAAUCUAAACACAAUUCAUGGGAAAUUCUGCUCACUGACUAUCAGAUUUAAUUCGUAUCAAUUUAAUGAAGUGCCAGAAGAUAGUAAAACGAGAAAAAUGUUCAGAAUGUUAGAAGAUACUUUGAAACCGUUUCCAAUGAGUAACCUAUUUGAAAUUAUUAGUUACAAGAAAGCAGGAUUUCGUGUGGAUAUUUGCAUACCGAGUAGCUGUGAUCGAGAAGACAUUGAAAAUAUUCUUCAAUGGGCGUUUAGAGAUCUUUACACGGCAGAAGUAAACUUUUGCAGAGUGAAAGACCAGAAGAUUUUCUUUACUACAACUCAAAUAAUUUGUAUAAUUGCCAUUAGUCUCUUUGUCACAUGGGUUAUUAUUGGAACAAUAAUCGAAACUCUACUUAAAUUUCGUAUAAUUAAGACUUUUUGCAAUAAAGGAGACUUUCUAGACAGUUUUGUUGCAACUUCGAUAUAUACAUCGACCCAAAAUCUCUUUAGUACCGACUUCAAUAAGAAGACAAAGUUCUUUUGUGGAAUCAAAUGUUUACUUAUCUGUCCAGUUGUAUUUAUUCAUAUUCUGAUACAUUCGGGAUUGGUAUAUACGAUAACAGAAAAAAUAUAUAAUAUUGGAAAUAUAUCUGAAGAUGUUACUGUAGAAGUUUCAUCUCAAGGAAUGUCAUUAAUCGAAACGUUCUUCUUUAUGAGUGGUUUUUUAACAUUCUAUCUACGAAGAAACGAUGAACAGAAAUCCAUACUGUACUACUGCAUCUUUCUCAUAAAGAGAUACAUCAGAUUGAGUUUUCCAUUGAUCUGCGUAUUGGCUAUUUUUAUAAUUUUGCCACUCUGUGGCGAAGGACCACAUUGGGACCUCGUAAAUGAGGAAGCCGAAAAGGCUAUACGAUAUUGGUGGAGAUAUAUUCUUCAUAUUCAAAAUUUAUACAACGUGCCACUAGAUUUUUUUAUCCAUUUAUGGUUCGUUAAUGUGUUGAUGCAAUUAACUGUAAUUACAGUUCCUUUAUUAUACAUUCAUGACAGAUGGCCAACAAUUGGAACCGUUUUAUUAUGCAUUUUGACACUGGCAGGAAUCAUUUUCCAUGUUUGGCAAUCAGUAAUUGCCAAAUACAUCAUGAUCGUUGGUUUAUCAGUAAAUAUUCGAAAUCUCGAGAAUUUAUUCCUGCAUAUUUAUCAGAAACCUUACUUUACCCAUCUGAGUUCUUACUGCUUGGGCUUAUUAAUAGGAUACGCAUUAGUUAAAAAGAAACAAUUGAAAUUCCGAAAGGUGGUUGUUGUUUCAUGUUGGAUUACGACAAUUUGUUUGAUGGGACUUGUCCUGUUCGGUUUGCACAAUUACAGAAAUGAUCCCUAUCCGAAUGAGUCAAUAAUUCUUGCUCAUCAGAUUCUUUCUCCGAUCGCAUGGAUAUUUGUAACAGCUUGGAUAUGUGUAGCAUGCUUAUCGGGAUAUGGAGGUGUAGCAAACAAAUUCCUAUCCAUGGACUUCUUCGUCGUAAUGGAUCGACUAACAAUCUGGAUUUAUCUUCUGCACCCUGCAUUUAUUCUUUAUCUUUUCGGAGAAUUUAGAAGUCCACAUAGGUUUACACAAAUAAGCUUGUGCAUGACAUUUCUAUUAGUGAUGGCACUCUCCGUUAUUUCAUCAGUUUUCUGCUACAUUUUUUUUCAAAUUCCAUUCUCAUAUCUCGCUUUGAAGCUAUUCAUGUCAGACAAUUCUAAGAGAGAAUUUUCCAAUGAUAAAGAAAAUCAAAGAAUGCAAACAUUUAAAAAAUGGAAUUUACCAAUUUUCCACACAAAAACAUUAUGGAUAUCAGGAAGUGAAAGAAAAACGGCAGAUCAGUAAUUGGCCAUUAAUAUGGGACAACAGUUCAUUCCGAAAGCCUUACAAAUUGGAAAGAAAAUUAAUUAAACAAAGA